AUGUCACUUACAACGCAGAAAGAUGGUAAAAAAUCAGAGAGUGGGGGAAUCGAUAAAAAGGCUAAGGGUGACAAGAAUACUCCAGACAGAAAGUUGGUGCAAUUGAACCUCCAGUCAAUUCCUGCUUCAAUUAAAAAUACGGUGGUGUCAGGAAAAAAUGCCGCAAAAAAACAAAGAAGUAGCAGUUCUGAUUACGAGUCAACAAGUGGUGUCAAUAGUGCAUUGGGUGAGCUCAGUCUUAUACAAGAAGGCAUAUCGGAUAUAAGGCGAAUAAUGGUCAGUAAAGAUGAUGUAAAAGGAAUGGUUACUUCAAUCGUUACCGAAUUAAAGGGUGAACUAAAAAAUGAAAUCCUCGCUGAAGUCAAAGAGUCACUCAUACCUGAAGUUAAACAGAGCGUGACGGAGCAGGUAAAGAAAGAAUUCGGGGAAAAGAUAGACAGAAAAACAAAGGAGUUUCAAGAUCAGACUAAAGAUAUCUCAGAGGGGUUUAAUUUAGAGUUUGAAACACUGAAAGAAAAGUUUCACGAGCAAGCAAAAGAACUCAGGGCCCUAAAAGAACAUUUGAAACGCUAUCAAUAUUUGACUGAAACAGCAGUUACUUUAGCAAACAGCAAUCAGCAGUAUUCGCAAAAGGACAAUAUUAAGUUCACCAAAUGGAAUGAGCAAAAAAACGAAAAUCUGCGUGCAGAUCUCUGUGCAAUCUUGAAGGAGACAGUUCACGUUGAUCUACAACCAACAGAUAUACUGGCCAUACACAGAGUGCCAGGAUCGGGUGGUAAUGUCGGACCACGGCCAGUCAUCGCCAAAUUCAGGAAUACCGAGACGAAAGUGAUGGUCAUAAAGAAUCGCUCAAAUGCGGAGUUGAAGAAGCGCUUUGUGAUGCACGAUCACGUAACUCCUAUGAACGCCAAACUUAUAAAAGACUUGAACGAGGACGAGCGUAUUGAAAGUGCCUGGUACUUUAAUGGCAAAGUGUUUGCGUUGGAUUAUGAUGGAGACAGACACCGAUUUGACAUCCUGGACAGUGUGUCUGACAAACUUAAACACAAAUAG